UGAAAAAUUUAAUACACUUUUAAGUGGAACCAGCCAUAUUUGAACAGCGGCGUAAAUUUAAGAACCAGCUCAAAAAUUUUUUAAUUCGGCCUCUGUUUACUUAACUUCCCAUCUUCCUCAUCCUUUAAUGUUUAAUUGGCAUACUCAAGCUGAUAAGCUGAUAAGGUCACUCAAGCACGUUUGAUUCGGGGGAAUUUUGGAAAGUGGGAAAAUUCUGAAACUUUUUAGCAGCAAUACUUUCAGGCUAUACAUAUGUACUUUCUAAUACUGCAUUCAAAUGCUCUUGCCUGUUACAGGAACUGCUUCUUGCAAAAUGCUUUGGAACUUUGUCUUUCUCAGUGGGAUAGCUUUAGCUUUCGCACAAGAGCUUCCUUCUGAGCGGGAUAAUCAAGGAUAUGGCGCUCCCGCAGUGCCCUCUUACAAUGGAGAUGUUGGAGGUGGCUUUGAUUUCACCCCAGUCGUUAUAAUCAUUCUUGGUCUGAUUGGUAUUAGCCUUCUUUUCCCAAAUAGCGUCACCUUGACAUCAGUUCGACGGCGCCGGUCAAUGGAUGGUACCGAAGGUAAGGUGGCAUCCCGGAAACAUGCAUUAAGAAAUAUUUGUAUUUUUCAGUGGUUUAUUGUAAAUAAUCUGGUAAAGAGACUGAACGAAAAUGCACUCCAAGCUUGCCUUUAUGAAUGGGGAGAAUAUUGUUAAAAGAGAUGUAGAUGAUGAAGAUUAUGAAAGCUUCAUAAGACGGGAUGGAGGAUCCCACAAUCAUGUUGAAUCAUUCUCUGCUCCUUCUUAUUCUGUCCCUGCUCCUUCUUAUUCUGCCCCUGCUCCUUCUUAUUCUGCUCCAACUCAUUCCUAUUCUGCUCCUGCUGCCCCUUCCUACUCUGCUCCUGCUCCUUCCUACUCUGCUCCUGCCCCUUCCUAUUCUGCUCCUGCCCCUUCCUAUUCUGCUCCUGCCCCUUCCUAUUCUGCUCCUGCCCCUUCCUAUUCUGCUCCUGCUCCCUCCUAUUCUGCUCCUGCUCCCUCUUAUUCUGCUCCUGCUCCUUCCUAUUCUGCCCCUGCUCCUGCCUAUGGAGCUCCUGAAGCAUCCUAUGAUGCCCCAGCCAGUGGUUAUGGACCUCCUUCUUCUGGUUAUGGAGCCCCCGGAGGAGGAGGUUUAGGAGGUCUUGACCUUACUUCAAUCAUUAUACCAAUCAUUGCCCUAAUUGGUCUAUCCCUGCUUUUCCCAACCUAUGUAUCCCUCAACACUGUACGUCGGCGAAGACGAUCUUAUGUUGAUGUGCAUGAAAAUCAAGAGGUUUCCGGUAACUCCAUCGUUGAGAGGAUCCAAGACAUCACCAUGGCCGUCCUGGAGUCUGAGGAGUGUAUGGAAAGGGUUGCUUGCGAGAUCGGAGGAAUCAUUUCUGAUGCCGGAAUCUCCAAGAAAGUUUUCACCGCUGCUGAGGCUUAUGUUCCCUCUAAGUACAGCAAGCUGAUGAAGACCUUCAACUCCCCCAAGGACUGCCACAAGAACAAGUGCGGAUCCAUGUUCUAAAUCGACCCCAAGCUCAUCAACCGGUCAACCUGAUCGCAGGGUUAACCGGCCUCGAAAGAAUCUCGAUUUGAACCAUAGCUUUGACAAUCAAUUGCACCUAAGAUUAAUCAAUUAUCGGUGGUAAAUCGAUAAUCGAUUCAUUCACAGGAUUUUGGCAUCCGUGGAAUCUAAUCCUAAAAUAUGGUUCCAGGAUUAAUAUUUGUAUGUGACAUUCACAGGACAGAGACUUAUUUGGGAAGGGACCUCGAGACCUAUAUAAAGACGAUAUUGACUUGUACCUUCUCUAACA